AUGAGAGGGCAGUAGAGGAAGAAAAGAGGCAUUGGUAGGGAGAGAGGACAGCUGACAGUUUACUGAUAAUGUUUAGGUUAAUGUUUAGCCUGAGGACAGGCAGCCUUCUACACCUGCCGAGCAGCUUGAGGGCGCCUCCGUUCUGCAGCAACAACUCAUCUAAAAUGUCAUCAGACUCACACUGGCUCUCCCCUGAAGACCGGGAGCAGCUAUUGGUCGAGCUCAGGGCCACAGGCUGGAUGGAGGUGGAGGACCGUGAUGCCAUCUUCAAAGAGCUUCACUUUAAAACCUUUAAUCAGGCAUUUGGCUUCAUGUCACGGGUGGCUCUGCAGGCAGAGAAGAUGAACCAUCACCCAGAAUGGUUCAAUGUUUAUAAUAAGGUCCAAAUUACACUGUCUACACAUGACUGUGGAGGGCUGUCAAAACGGGACAUCAAAAUGGCCAAAUUUAUUGACAAAAUUUCACUUUCCAUGUAGUGUUUUUUUUUGUCUUUAGUCUGCAAUCUGUCACAGCCUUUGUAGAUACACUGAUUUUAGUUUCAACUCUUUAAAAAGACGACUGCACUACAGAGUUAAAUGUAUUUAGUCUUUCACAUGUGCAUAUUCUGCUUCUGAUUUUUGUCCCAAAUAAGAUCUGUCAAAAUAAAAUAAACAUUUUACAGUUUAA